AUGUCCCUCGAAUAUGCAAUUGUAGAUGUGUUCACCACUACCCAAUUCCAGGGUAACCCGCUUGCCAUUGUGCGGGUGCCCGCCCAGCAGCGCACUUCUCUCUUGCAAGAGACGAAGCAGAAGAUUGCAACAGAAUUCAACCUCUCGGAGACAGUCUUCCUGCACGAACCACAGUCCAAUGAUUUGAGCUCCGCAGAAUCGGUGAUUAUCGACAUCUUCACGCCCAGAUGCGAGAUCCCUUUUGCCGGCCACCCCACCAUCGGAACCGCAUACUAUGUGCUGAAGCAGUAUUCCGCCACUGGGCUGAGCAGUCUGAAAAGGCUGCUCACCAAGGCCGGCCCGAUCCCAAUCUCUCAAGACACCAAGACCGGCCUUGUGGGCGCCUGCAUUCCAUUUGCGUAUCAUCAGCACUGGGGACUGGUACAAUCCAGCCUGACGAUCACCGGCUCCGCGCCCGUAAUUUCCAUUGUGAAAGGACUCUCAUUUGUCCUUGCUCAGCUCCCGGGCCUGGAGGCCCUCGCUACUGUCUCUGGUGCCUUGCUAGACGACUGUUUCACGUCGGAUCACUUGGAUGAAGGAUGGAACAUGGGUCCUACAGGAACGAAGUACUUCGUCGAUCUGGGUAGAGACGAACAGGGAUACAGGAAGCUGCGGACCCGGAUGUUCAUCGGCUGGGAGGAUCCGGGCACAGGAAGUGCUUCCAGUGCGCUGGCCUGUUACUUAGCAUUGUGUGAAUCGAAGGAGCUUGGAAAAGGGCCCUUCGACUACCAUAUUAUCCAGGGAGUGGAGAUGGGAAGACGAAAUGACAUCUAUAUUACAGUAAGCCGGAAUGAGGGUGGCGAUCAGAUUGCGAACGUUCUGCUCAGGGCCAAGGCAUCAGUGUCCGGGCACUGGAUCGACAUAGAUCCCGACUCUUACCUAAAAUAUCAGUUAUCGCUGAAAGCAGCAGAUAUUCUCGUUCUGUACCAUGACCUGAAACUGGAUCAUGGAAAGGAACAGAGAAUGACCCAGCGCUUUGAUUGUGAAUGUUCCGCUCCAGCUUAA